AUUCAGACACGUAUCGUACAAAACCGCAUGCGAUCGGUCGUCCAUUCAAUAUGGCCGGUAUAAAUUCAUUAAUUUGUUUCUCUCUUUUCUUGGUGAUAUUAAUUACACCACAAUCAAAUGGCGCUCGUAUAUUGGGACUGUUUACAGCUCCAUCCAAAAGUCAUUUACUCAUCCACACCGCCAUUAUUGAUGCCCUAGUUGAGAAGGGUCAUAAUGCCACAGUUGUUACAACUGGACCAAUUCUUAAAAACAACAUCAACUACCGCCAUAUUAACCUUGACAUACCCGGCUUCUCUCCCGAUCAAAUGCAAAAAUCUCUCAACAAUGGCAAACCUUCCUACGCGGAUUUUAUGAAUUUUGUUAAAACUGUCACAGGAGUUGCCAAUGACAGUAUUCAACAUCCAACUAUGAGACAGUUGAUGGAGGAGGAAACCUUCGAUUUAGUGAUUUUGGGUUAUUUCUUUAAUGAAUUCCAACUUGGAGUUGCAGCACAUUUCAAGUGUCCAGUGGUUAUUUCUUUUAUGACGCAAUCAAUUACUCCAUUAAAUCAAAUUGUUGGCAACCCUAGAGAAGUGGCUUAUGUACCGAAUUUGUUUCAAACUGGAGAAUCAAAGGGAUUCUUUUCGAGAGUGAAAAAUUUUGUAUCGACUAUGGUUUUCGAUGAGAUUGCAUAUCCUUUGAUAUCAGAUAGACAACAGGCUGGUUUAUAUGAUGCGAAUUUCCCUGCUGACAAAUAUCCGUCCUUCGAUGAAAUGAAGAAGAACGUAUCUUUGGUAUUUGUCAACCAUCACUUCAGUCAAGGACCUAUUCGACCAAAUGUUCCAGCUAUGGUUGAAAUUGGAGGAAUUCAGAUAAAGGAAAAACCAGCUCCACUUCCUGAGGAUUUAAAGAAAAUCUUAGACAAUGCAAAAAAUGGAGUAGUUUACUUUAGUUUUGGUUCGAAUGUUCAAGGAAAAUAUCUUGACAAGGUCAAGGCCAAAUUAAUGUUUGAUAUCCUAUCCAAACUAAAACAGACAGUUUUGUGGAAAUGGGAUGAUUCACCACCACCAGGUCAAUCACCAAAUAUUCACUACAAAACAUGGUUGCCACAAGAUGAUAUCUUAGCUCAUCCCAAUGUCCGCCUUUUCAUAACUCACGGUGGUGCUGGAAGUGUUGUCGAAUCACAAUAUCAUGGUGUUCCAAUGGUUGGAAUUCCCCUAUUCGCCGAGCAAUUCACAAAUGUUGAUACAAUGGUUAAAGCUGGUUAUGGUGUAGGAGUAGAAUUUGCUACUAUUAGUAGUGAAACAUUUGGCAACGGAGUGAAUGAAGUUCUUACGAACCCUGUUUAUCGAAAUAAUGUUCAACGAUUUUCCAAAUUGUACAAAGAUCGUCCAAUGACAGCUAAACAAACUGUUGUCUAUUGGACUGAAUAUAUUUUGAGACAUCAUGGUGCUCCACAUAUGCAAAGUCCAGCUGUUCAUAUGAAUACCUUGCAAUUGGCAUCAUUGGAUGUUAUUGGAUUUUUAUUAGCUGUCAUUUAUAUAGUUUAUAAGGUGUGUAAAAUUGUCAUUAUGUUUAUUUGGUCGAAAUUGUUUUCGAAGAAGAAUAAGAACUCGAAAAAUAAGAAAGAGUGAAAUAAAUUAGAAUGUAAUAAGAAUAAGAUUGUUCUAAGUUAUAAGAAAAAAUUUAUUUAAUUUUUUAAAUAAAAAAAUGAGAUUGUUAAUGAUGA